CAGCGUAGCCCUUGCUCUCGCUUGCUCCUUGCUUUGGUGAUCGCCCCUGUGGUCUCCGGCCGCUCGUCCUCCUUGCACGUUGAGGUACGUUGCCUUCUCUUAAACCUUAAAUAGCUCUGUAAUUCAUUUUUCGUAUUAAGGCUUGUUUUUGAUUUGUUGACCGACUCGGCCUAGGGUUUUUUUGUUGUCCAUUGUUAUAAUUAUGUUAAGUUUUCGAUUCAUGCGAUCAAAAUCGUUCGAUUAGUGAAGGAAACGCUGGAUGGUUUUAUUUGAUCUCACACCAAUUAUUCGGCACCCUAGGAAACAGUUCUCUUAGGGUUUUUGGCUCCGGAGAGAUUUGAAUCUCUUUCUGAACUAUAUAGCGACUUUUGCUUGUCAUUUUAGCAACUUGAUCGGUUGAAAUAGCAAGGUCUUCAAAUUCCUAAAGACAACGGCGAUGUGGGGAACUGCCAAGAGGCGGCUUCAAUGGGAAAGUAGAUCAUUGACUAUGUUAUUGCAACCAUCAAAGCUUUGCGAAAGAGAGAGAAGGGGUCGUUGCGUGUGGGCGACGAGGUAAGUAGGGUUUCGCCGAUCGGCCAACCGAGCGCCAGAGAAUCCGAGAAGCCAUCCUUCAUCGCUUGCGCCAGAUCACGGUCGAUCAUGGGGAGAGGCAGGUUCAAGGCCAAGCCCACCGGCCGCAGGAACUUCUCCACGCCCGAAGAGAUGGCUUUUUUCAAUUAUUCAGUGUUCUGAGCACAUUCUGAAAUUGUGAAGACGUCUUGUUCCAUUGUCGUAGUAUAAAAUCUUUCAGCAUACAAUGUCUAGUUCUACAAAAUAUGUUGAUCCUGCGUUUCAGGGAGUUGGACACAAAGUCAUAGAGGAACAGAAAUAUGGCGUAUUGAGAACUUUCAACCAGUGCCUAUACCAAAGUCCGAUUAUGGUAAAUUCUACUCUGGAGAUUCAUACAUAAUUUUACAGACAACUGGCAAAGGUGGCACCUACCUUUAUGACAUUCACUUCUGGAUCGGAAAAGAGUCAAGCCAAGAUGAAGCUGGGACUGCAGCAAUCAAGACUGUUUUUAUGAUAACAAAGGAGUUAGAAACUUGGAGAUAAAUCUGUUAAAAGGUUGAACCUGCCUUAUUUAAAACAAAAUUUCAGCCUCAUUUGGUAUGGACGCUGGAACAGGUGCUGGAUUUUAUCUAAAUGCUAAGGAAGAGAAGUGGAAAAAUUGGCGUAUGUAUGACUAUGUCGUUAAGGAGCUACCAAAAGUCCUCAGUGAAAAUUUUGAACAACUUGAUACAUCAAGGGCAUCAAUUUCUGGGCAUUCAAUGGGUGGCCAUGGUGCGCUGACCAUUUACUUGAAAAACCUUGAAAAAUAUAAGGCAGUUUCUGCUUUUGCACCUAUCACCAAUCCCACAAACUGCCCAUGGGGCCAGAAGGCCUUUUCAAACUAUUUGGGCAGCGAUAAAUCUGACUGGCAGGAAUAUGAUGCCACCUUGUUAAUUGAAAAGUGCAGCAAAAUUUCGACUCCUAUAUUAAUUGACCAGGGAGAGGAUGACAAGUUCCUUCACGAUCAGCUGUUGCCCCACAACUUCGAGGAUGCCUGCAAGGGUGCAAAUGCCCCGCUGGUGCUUCGGAUGCAACCUGGCUAUGACCAUUCCUACUACUUCAUUUCGACCUUCAUCGACGAUCACAUCCACCACCAUGCCAAAGCUCUUAAAUGUGCUUGAGUCCGUGGUCGCAAAAUAGACUUCAUGCCAUGGGAUCUCAGGAUGCGGCAGAUGUGUAGAAUUCACUUGUAGAAGUACUCUUACAACUAUUUCAAUGCUCUUGUUCCAACUGUGAACCAGAUAUUUGACUGCCUUCUGGUCACAACUCAGUAAGUCUGACCUUCUAUUUCCAUAUCAUCCGCAUAUUAAUCUC